AUUUGUGCAUUCUUUUUCAAUUCUUACCAGCAGUCAUAUUCCCAGACAUUAAAAUAAACCAUAUUGUGGGUUUUGAAAAAAGAAAAAGAAGCAAUGCUAAUAUCUGUCCUCAAUAUUCAUAAUUCUCAUGUACAGUAGUAGCACAGCUGUAUUUCAUAUGCAUUUUUCACUUUACCUACUUUUUUCCUUUCCGUCUCUAGUUUUCUUUUAUGGUUCAAUCCUCCGACGACCGUUGUCCAGAGCAGGAGGAGCCCUCACCAAACGUCGUCGUUUGUUGUCGCCAGGGACAACGGAAAAAAAUUGUUCUUGCCGGGUCAACCCAACUUCUUCCGCCUUGUCUGACCGAGUCAACCCACCCACCAAAAUAGAUGGAAAAACAUUCAUAGCAAUUAGCAACCUUAAAAUCCGCCCAUUCUUCUGAUCUACUCUGAUCUGGUUACUAUCUUCUAAAGGGAAGCUGGGCUUGGAGCAAGGAGAGUAUAGCUACUCUCUAGAGUAGGGUUUUGGUUUUGCUUGCUUUUGGGGUGUGGAAUUGUCAGCGAGAGUUGGCUAGCGGCUCUCGAAUCCAAUCCAACUGUUUGCGAUUGUGUGUUUUGGUGGAUAAGUAGAAAAGCGAGGAACCUACUUUGAGUUUCGGCAAGAUGAUGAUCUCAAGGGGUUUAUUCGGUUGGUCGCCUCCGCAUAUCCAGCCAUUGACGCCUGUUUCCGAAGUAUCGGAGCCUCCCGAGUCGCCCUCGCCCUACAUGGACAUGGGCACAGGGGAAGCUGAGCCAGUGGAGGUGGAAGAGGAGAUCGACCCAGAGGGUGAGGAGAUGGAGCCUCCGCCAGCGGCCGUGCCCUUCUCUAGGCUAUUUGCGUGUGCGGACAAUUUCGACUGGUUUCUAAUGUUUGUGGGGUCCGUUGCAGCUGCUGCCCAUGGUACUGCCCUCGUCGUCUACUUGCAUUAUUUUGCUAAAAUUGUUCAGCUGCUUCGGUUCCACGGCUCUGACAGAUCUGACGAUCGGCUCUUCCACGAAUUCACAGAGCUCACUUUAAUCAUUGUUUACAUUGCUGUGGGAGUUUUUGUUGCGGCUUGGAUUGAGGUAUCCUGCUGGAUACUAACUGGAGAACGACAGACUGCUGUAAUAAGGUCAAGAUAUGUUGAAGUUCUACUUAAUCAAGACAUGAGCUUUUUUGAUACUUAUGGGAACAAUGGAGACAUUGUGAGCCAAGUAUUGAGUGAUGUAUUGCUCAUCCAAUCUGCCCUGAGUGAAAAAGUGGGAAACUAUAUUCACAAUAUGGCCACUUUCUUUAGCGGUCUCAUCAUUGGAUUUGUGAACUGCUGGCAGAUAGCUCUUAUUACUUUAGCCAGUGGUCCAUUAAUUGUUGCUGCAGGUGGGAUAUCAAAUAUCUUUUUGCACAGGCUCGCCGAAAAUAUUCAAGACGCGUAUGCUGAAGCCGCAAGUAUUGCGGAGCAGGCAGUUUCCUAUAUUAGAACUUUGUAUUCAUUUACCAAUGAGACGCUGGCAAAAUAUUCGUACGCGACAUCACUUCAAGCUACACUUAGAUAUGGAAUACUGAUAAGUCUUGUUCAAGGGCUUGGACUUGGUUUCACAUAUGGCCUUGCUAUCUGUUCUUGUGCCUUGCAACUAUGGGUAGGAAGGUCUCUUGUUACUCAUGGAAGAGCCCAUGGAGGAGAAAUAAUAGCAGCCCUGUUUGCUGUUAUACUGAGCGGACUUGGUCUGAAUCAAGCGGCAACGAACUUCUAUUCUUUUGAACAAGGGAGAAUUGCUGCCUACAGAUUGUUUGAGAUGAUUAGUCGGUCAUCUUCCACAGUCAACCAUGACGGGCUUACUCUUGCUUCUGUUCAAGGAAAUAUAGAGUUCCGGAAUGUAUAUUUCAGUUACCUGUCUCGCCCUGAAAUUCCGAUUUUAAGUGGUUUUUACCUCACUGUGCCGGCCAAAAAGGCUGUAGCACUUGUUGGCAGAAAUGGCUCUGGGAAAAGCAGUAUUAUUCCACUGAUGGAGAGAUUUUAUGAUCCAACCUUAGGAGAAGUCCUCUUGGAUGGUGAAAAUAUAAAAAAUCUGAAGUUGGAGUGGUUAAGGAGCCAAAUUGGCUUAGUUACCCAGGAACCUGCCUUGCUGAGUUUAAGUAUCAAAGACAAUAUUGCUUAUGGGCGGAAUGUCUCUUUAGAUCAGAUUGAAGAAGCUGCCAAAAUAGCACAUGCACAUGCAUUUAUCAGUUCUCUAGAUAAAGGAUAUGAUACAGAGGUUGGUCGGGCUUCUCUAGUGAUGACUGAGGAACAGAAAAUUAAACUUUCUGUUGCUAGGGCCGUACUGUCUAAUCCAUCUAUUCUGCUUCUGGAUGAAGUCACGGGUGGACUUGAUUUUGAAGCUGAAAGAUCAGUUCAGGAGGCUUUAGAUGUUCUCAUGUUGGGGAGAUCAACAAUAAUCAUUGCUAGACGGCUAAGUCUAAUUAAAAAUGCUGAUUAUAUUGCUGUGAUGGAGGAAGGUCAACUUGUUGAAAUGGGUACACAUGAGGAAUUGAUGAGCUUAGAUGGCCUUUAUGCCGAGCUUCUCAAAUGUGAAGAGGCGACAAAACUUCCUCGAAGGAUGCCAAUGAGGACCUACAAAGAAACUGCCGCGUUUCAGAUUGAAAAGGAUUCGAGUGCAAGCAGUAUUUUUCAAGAACCAUCAUCCCCUAAAAUGGCCAAGUCACCAUCUCUCCAGAGAGUUGCUGGCCACCACAUGUUUCGGCCUGCUGAUAUUACAUAUAGCUCACAGGAGUCCCCCCAAAUUCUUAGCCCACCCCCAGAAGAAAUGAUUGAAAAUGGUUCGACAGAUAAAGAACCAACGAUAAAGAGGCAGGAUAGUUUUGAGAUGCGACUACCUGAAUUACCCAAGAUUGACGUUCACUCCGCACAGCGACAAACAAAUGCUUCAGAUCCCGAGUCUCCUAUUUCCCCACUUUUGACAUCGGAUCCCAAAAACGAGCGUUCUCAUUCACAAACAUUUAGCCGACCACUUAGACAAUUUGAUAAUGUUCCUACUACUGUGAAAGAAGCGAAGGGGACCUCUUCUCUGGGGGAGCCAUCCUUCUGGAGGCUUGUGGAGCUUAGCCUUGCUGAGUGGCUCUAUGCUGUUUUAGGGAGCACUGGUGCUGCCAUCUUCGGCUCGUUCAAUCCUGUUCUUGCUUAUGUUAUUGCACUCAUCGUUACAGCAUACUACAGAACAGAUGAGAGACAUCACGUACGGCAGGAGAUAGACAGGUGGUGCUUAAUCAUUGCUGGCAUGGGAAUUGUAACUGUAAUUGCCAACUUUUUGCAGCACUUUUACUUUGGUAUAAUGGGGGAGAAAAUGACCGAACGCGUUCGAAGAAUGAUGUUCUCUGCAAUGCUUCGGAAUGAAGUUGGGUGGUUCGAUGAAGAAGAGAACAGUGCGGAUAACCUGUCCAUGCGACUGGCUAAUGAUGCUACUUUUGUGAGAGCUUCUUUCAGCAAUCGACUUUCAAUAUUCAUACAAGAUAGUGCCGCUGUUGUAGUUGCUGUUCUCAUUGGAAUGUUUUUGGAGUGGCGGUUGGCACUUGUGGCCUUAGCUACUCUGCCUGUUCUUAUAGUUUCUGCUAUAGCACAGAAAUUGUGGCUUGCUGGAUUUUCAAAGGGCAUCCAGGAGAUGCAUAGGAAGGCUUCUUUGGUCUUGGAGGAUGCCGUUAGAAAUAUUUAUACCGUUGUAGCAUUUUGCGCCGGAAACAAAGUAAUGGAGCUCUACAGAGUUCAACUUCGGAGAAUAUUCACAAAAAGCUUUCUCCAAGGAAUGGCUAUCGGUUUUGCAUUUGGCUUUUCUCAGUUCCUUCUUUUUGCCUGCAACGCUCUUCUCCUUUGGUACACUGCUCUCUCUGUGAAGAACGGUUACAUGAGUUUGGCCACAGCACUAAAAGAGUACAUGGUAUUCUCUUUCGCAACAUUCGCAUUGGUCGAACCUUUCGGUUUGGCUCCAUACAUUCUUAAAAGAAGGAAAUCCUUAAAAUCCGUCUUCGAGAUUAUCGACCGAGCCCCUAAAAUCGACCCCGACGACAAUUCAGCCUUGAAACCCGCAAACGUUUAUGGAAGCAUCGAAUUGAAAAACGUCGACUUUUGCUACCCCACUCGUCCAGAAGUCCUGAUACUUAGCAAUUUUAGUCUCAAAGUCAACGGUGGUCAAACUGUGGCUGUAGUUGGUGUUUCAGGUUCCGGAAAAAGCACAAUUAUAUCUCUAAUCGAGAGAUUUUACGAUCCGGUUGCCGGUCAGAUACUACUCGACGGUCGAGAUUUGAAAUCUUACAACUUGAGAUGGUUGAGAAAUCACUUGGGUCUCGUUCAGCAGGAACCCAUCAUAUUUGCAACGACCAUAAGAGAAAAUAUCAUAUACGCAAGGCACAAUGCAAGUGAAGCCGAGAUGAAAGAAGCUGCGCGAAUAGCAAACGCUCAUCAUUUCAUAAGCAGUUUGCCUCACGGUUACGACACUCAUGUCGGGAUGAGGGGUGUCGAUUUAACGCCCGGACAAAAGCAAAGGAUUGCUAUUGCUCGAGUUAUUUUAAAAAACGCGCCUAUUUUGCUUUUGGAUGAAGCCAGCUCGUCGAUUGAAUCUGAAUCUAGCAGGGUCGUGCAGGAAGCUCUGGAUACUCUUGUAAUGGGGAAUAAGACCACAAUUCUUAUCGCGCAUCGAGCGGCUAUGAUGAGACACGUUGAUAAUAUAGUUGUUCUUAACGGUGGUCGAAUUGUAGAAGAAGGGACCCACGACACGCUAAUGGCGAAGAAUAGUUUGUACGUUCGUCUAAUGCAACCGCACUUUGGUAAAGGGAUGAGGCAGCGUAGGCUCAUUUAAGAUUGAGCUCCAUUUUUUUUUUUUUUUUUUUUUU